CACAAUGGCGAAAUUAAUAAUUUAAGAGUAAAAGUAUGGACCGUGCGCUCGUUGGUCGUAACUAUGGAAGGAUUGAUAUCGAACGAGUGGGUUUUUUCACCGAUCCUUCACCGAGUCCUUUCGAUAUCUAUCAAGAUCCUGAUUUUAAGUUUCGCGAGAACGUCGCUAAAGGAAAACGUCAGAUUCUCGCCGGACCUCCCAGUGAGUUGUUCGUGAAAAAACACGAAAGAAUUUUCGAGGGCGAGGCUCUCACCGAACCAUGGCGCGAGGAAGCGAAGAAACGGUUACAAGACGAGAAAAGAAAGAUUGGCGGUCGCAUGCUGCCGACAUCUCCGUCGAAGAAGCAUUCGACGCCCGGAGAUUGGUAUGGAUGCUUCGCUAAAUCUUCUUACUUCAGUCCAAUGUGGAUGGAAGAAAAGAGAAAAAAGACGCCGGUUUUGCCUAAUAUGAAGAUCAAGCCCAAUCCGCUUGGUGGACCCGGAUACGCGGAUAUUUGCUUGAAUCCUUAUCCGCCGUACUCCCACGAGCCUUACGAUCAUGUUGGAAGAGUGGUUGGCAGAAAACCGGUGUCUAAAGGUCGAUUUUUGACGACCAGCGUCUUGUUGGAUUAUUUUCCCCCCAAUCCUUACAAAGAUGAGGAUCCAGGGCCCACUUACCUUCGUCCGACUGAAAUUGCUAGAAAGACAGUUGGUCCGGCGCGAUUCUACGUUCCUUUUCCCAAGAAACCUGGCGGAAAUCACGAUGGUUGCUUCAGCAAGUUUCCAAAAUACACGAGCGAUCCUUACGUUAAGGUUAAGGAUAAAGUUGCCGCAGUGCCCAAGUUCAUAAGAGGUGGACCGUCUCUACGGUCGAAAUAUACGAGCAGCAUUAUAGCGCAGAUAACGAGAAUAUCAUGUAAUGCUCGCAAUUAUUCGGAAUAUCGACCGCGGGUGUAUUCUCGGUAUUGA